GAGCGCUGCGCCGCCUGGUGGCAGCGCACUGUACCAAUUACGUGUUCUACGGCGUCCUCCGAUUUUAUUCACGGAAAGUGAAUCGCCAUAUUGCUUCCGUGAAUUCUGUAAAAUAUUUGUGCAUUUCUCUUCUAUUAUGAAUACAAUAUCAAAAUGAAGUGAAAUAAAACAAACCGCUUUCGGUUUAUAACUGCUGACAUACGUUUUUAUGCGACUCGGCCACCGAUUCGUCGCGAAAAAGAGCCGAGCCGCGGGAUAUGUCCUUUGAGAAAAUGGAAGUGGUGAAUCCUGCGGAAAAGGAGGCUAGCGAGGUGUUGCAUUCGCUGCUAUCGGUGGAGCGGCGCAGUGUAGACAGCAAGGAGGCCAUCAUUGUGUCCAUCCCGACGGAGCAGAACGGCGGCGGCGAGUACGGCGAGAACGCGCAGUGGCACACGCCCGUCAUGGGGCAGCACUCCGUUUUCGAGAUAGGAGCAAACCAGAGCAUACAGCAGCACAACUACAAUGGGCACCAGGAGCAGGUUUUAUGGCAAGGCCACACAAUUCAAGUGGAAAAUGGUACAGCAAAUAUACAAACCCUGCAGGCUCAGUACUCCAUUGAGUUUGAACAUCAAGUGGAGACUGAAACUGCUGAAAUGGAAGUAGACACUAAACCCAAAGUAGAGAAGAAAACUGGAAGGAAAAAGAAAAAAAAUGAGUCGGACAGUGAUGAGGAGGUUCUUGAUAAUAAACUGGAGGAUAAUCCUGCGCAGGUAAAAGAAAGGCUAAAGAGAGGCUGUGAUUGUAAAGACAACUGCUAUCGAGGUUUGAAUCCUGAAGCGGUUUAUCGUCACCGACUGAACAUUGCUGAACUUACAAAAAGUGAACAUGACAUGUACCUGAUGGGCAUUACAAUGGCAAGCUUGGCUAACCCUGCCGAGACGUCUCGACAUAAAGUAAGGAGGAGAUUAAGAGCAUGUUAUGUAUAUCAAGGGAGGAAGGUGUGCUUGGAAGCUUUUUUAUAUCUCGAGAAUGUGACACAUUAUCAGUUAAAGCGGAUAAGACAACAUGUCAUGACGCACGGUGUCGCGCCUCGAAUUCACGGCAAUGUUGGCAAGAAGCCGUACAAUACUUUCACACUGGAUAUUUACAAACACGCUACGAAUUUCUUAAAAGAGUAUUUAAAACAACAUGCAAGCUCUCCAAAAGAUGUUCAGCCAUCAGGUGAAGGGGGCAAAAAAGGUAGCAAGACUGUUAUUAUCCAAGGUGAUUCUCGUAAACACCUAUUUGAGGCUUACAAGGAGUAUGGAGAAAUUUUAGAACCCGGCGUCAAGCUUAUGGGUUACUCCACCUUCAGGGCAUUUAUGAAGGACCAGUUUCCGCAUGUUAAAUUCGCGACUAAAAAACAGGAGAUACCUAAAGACAUGGUACCAUUCCGUAGUGGUAAAUGCAUGUCUUACGAUAAAAAUAAAGAUCCUAUUAGGAUACAACAGGAAAAAGAUAAGGCUGAGGCGAAAAAGGCAGCUAUGGAGGCAAAGAAGAAAGAGGAACACGAGAGAGAACAGGCGCAACAGCAAGCCCAGCAACAACAGCAACAACAGCAGCAACAGCAGCAGCAGCAACAAGUGCAACAGCAACAACAGCAGCAAGUGCAGCAGGUACAAGUACAGCAGCACCAACAGAUGCAGAGUCAGCCGCAUGUGGUCAUACACCAACAACAACCACAACAGCAGCAACAAAUGCAACAACAGAUGCUUGUGCCGCAAGUGAGUCAACACCAACAAGUCCUCACCCAGCAAGUUGGUGGUGUACAACAAGUGGGACAGCAACACUGUGUACAAUCACUUGGUGUGUCUGAAGAAGGCGGGCAGCAAGUGGAAAUGGCGCAGCAAGUCAUACCCCUAGCUGUGGUGCAACAGCCACAGCAAGCUUACAUAGUGACUCCGGUGUCACACUUCCAAACACGCGUGCAGGGAACCUGGUAUAGACAUUGACAACCGCAGCAAAUGACUGCUAUCAGAAUUUCAAAUAACGCGCAACAGACUGCAGAAAAAAACAUAUUUACGUAACAAAGAUCUCGUGAUGACUGAACUGUUGUAAUUUGGGACGGUUCCUUGACAAUUUUUGUAAUGAUUCAUUUGAAACGCCACAUGUAACAUUGGCAAUAAGUUAGCAAGUAUAGUUAGGUAACACCUUUUCAGUAUUUGUUUAAAACUGAUUUAUUAUGAUUACCUACCUUUCUAUAAAGUGAACGAUAUUUACACCAUUUAUAUUAACUAUUAGCUAUGUAGUUUUAUUUUAUUUUGUAGACUUGUAAGUGGUUUAAGUAUACAUUUUACUUUAAAUUAUUGAUAUCCAUGUUUAGAUGCUUAAUUAAUUUGAACAACAAAAUACACUACAAUUUUUUCCUUUAUAUGUGGAUUUUGUGCAUAUAUUGUUCGAGUUUAAUUUCUUAUUGGUAUUCACACGAUAGAGUACAAGUUGGUGAUUUACCAUUGUAGAGUGUAUAGACAGUGAUCUUGUAAUUUCAUCACAAUUUUUAGUACCAUGGUUCAUGAAAUGUUCAUUUUAUAAAAGAGCAGUGCCUUCUAAAUAUGAGUGUAAUGCUACGACAUGCGACUAUGAUUUCAAAAUAAACAUUGAAGAUAAUAGUAGAUGUAGGAAUUUUUGAUAUAAAAUACAUUUUGUGUACUUUAAUGAAUAGAAUGUAGUUGUAGGGACCAAUUUUGAAGGCAUUGAAAUAAGCUUUGACGAUGAGUAAUUAAAAUCUUUAAUUGAACAUUGUGUUUAAUUUUACAUACUCAUAUCCACCUACAAGAUGUGCUCAGUAAUUAACCAACGAAUCUUAAGCUGUGCCUCCAAACUUGGUCCUAUUGGCUAGGAUUCCUAAAAUAUUUAUAGAAAUUAAAAAUGUGUACCUUAAGCUAAUUUGACUUUGAAAACCUCAUAAUUUUUCCUCACAAAGAUAGUUGUUUUUUUAUUGUGUAUGACUGUACAGAUGAUUUUGUAGUUCCGCGAUACAUAUCAAAUAUAUGAAAAAACAUGCUUUAACGAAUUGGCGUCAUGUUCAGAUGUAAUGUUUAUUUCUUUAUAAGACAUUUAAUAUGCAAAUAUGUAUUAAGGUGUGCUAUAGAUUCGAACCUUAUUAUUUGUAAAAUUGUAUAAACAAUUAAAUUUAAAGCUGUAGAAAUUAUAUUUUUAUAGGAUUGAAAAUUUCCUACGCGCUGUUCUAUGAGAUGCACCCACCCACAAACCUCUAUGGAUUGUUCACUACGCUGUUGGCCAUUUUAUAGACCUAAUAAAACUUCAUUUCUUUAUAUAGUGAAAGUAAUAGUGCAAAUAAAUUGUCAGCUGUAUCUUUUAUAAGACAAAAUAUAUUUUUUUUAGUUUCAGACAACACUAAGGUUCUACUAAAAUGUGUUGUGUGAGUUCUCAUGCUACGUGCAUUAACGCAAAUAGAGCUGCGAUCACAAUUUAAACGAAUCACAUAUUUUUUUCCAGUAACAUGUAAAUCAGUUAAAAUGUGUUUAAAAUUAUUGAAUUGCGAUUUAAGUAUACGCUCAAUAUGUAAAAUUAUUAUAUGUAUUGGUUAUAUAUUUUAUUUAGAAACCUCCCUUAUUUUAUAAGUUGCAUAAUACAUAUUUAGACAUAUUGUAGAUUUUCCCAUCGAUGUUAUGUUUUGAAAUAAUUGUUCGUUCCAUACUUUUGCAAGAAAACGGACAGUUAUAUAUUACUUUUCGAUAUUGUUUUUGCUGGAAGGAUAAACGUUUAGCGCGAAAAAUCAUUAAUAAAAAAAUCUUGAACAAUAAACUGCAAUAAAUAAAUAAAAUAUUUAGCUGUGUGCCUAAAAUUAAUAAUGUAUUGGUUCCAACAAAUUUAAAACCAUCAAAUAUUCAUUGCCCGGUCUGCAGAUCGAAAUUAAAGUUUUCACAGCUGAAACAUUCUGACAAUAGAUAUAAAAUAAUUGUUAGGAGACUUAAUUGUUUAUCAAACUUUUAAUAAUUGCUUUCAUAAUAGUAUAUAUAAUACACACCUAUAACGUUUAUAUUGAUUUCUUACGUUUACGCGAAUGUGAGAAAUUGAAAUAAAACUAUUUUUCGGAUUUUGAAGAGUAGUCUUCAUGGUCGCCAUGUUCCCAUGAAGGCUAUAAAUAUAAAGACUUCGAAACUUCGAAACAACCGUCACAAAAAAAAAUUGUUUAGUAAACGUUUUUUAAAUAUUUUUUUUUUUUACGUUAUACCCUUACUGCUGCAGGUGUCCGUUUUUUUGCAAGAGCGUGUAUUUUAACGAUAAAUGUGUUAACAAGCCCCAUUUUCUUAAUCAUAAAUUGAUUUAGUGUUCAUUUAACAGUGACUUAUUAGAACUAAUAUUAUCGAGUGGGGAGUAAAUAUAAAAUCUCAUAAUAUUUUGAGCUAUUAUUAGUGUUAGUAAGAUUGUGUAACUGAUAGUGUGUAACCAUUAUUGAUAUACCCAUAGACAGUACAGAAAUGUGCCUAGAAAUUUGUGCUUAUCCAUGUAUUUUUAUAGUGCAAUACCAUGUAAGAUUAUAUGCAAAUUUUAUAGCCAGUUUGAGCCCAAAUUGUUUUGGUUGCUUAUAACACAAGUGAAUAUUUUUACUACGGUCCUGAGUCCAUGACUUAAACAAAUGAUAAAUAAUAUUGAGACAUUACAAUCGUUUGCUGCGUAUCGUAGUGCAUUUCCUUAGCCAGGGAGUUUGGCAUUUAUGUUCCAAAUUGAUUACCGUAGUAAGACAUGAUGUGAUAGCAAAUAAACUUUUUUACGCUACAA